UACACAUUCUGUGGAUAUUGGUUUGAAAUUGUAGGUAAGUGUGAAUGAUUUUAUUGCAGAAUGAAUGACGUUUUUUAUUGUUAAAAACGAAAACCAAUGUUUAUCUUCGAAAGGCUGCAACAAAUCUUCAAAUGCUAUCUACAGUACAGAAUGCGUGUACUAAUGGUGUAUAAAAACUGUAUAAUUUGCUCAACUAAGAGUUUGAAAACAACAUUAACAUACUGUACAAGAGGAAGAACUUCUAGAAUGUUCUUCUAGAAAAUGCAAUUGUAAAUAAUUGUAUUUUCAGUUUUUCCACAUUUUAAAUUAAUUUAUGUUCACAAAUUGAUUUUGAAUAGUUUUCAAUUUUUUAAAGUUUAUACGUUUGUUUUUUGGUGUGAAUAUGAUCUAAUCAACUGUUUACUUUAAGGUAAUUCCUGCAUUUUUCCUUGAAUUCCACGCAGAGUUUUCCAGUCUAGGAAACAAACAAUUACAGUGGAGUCUUUGGUCCUUCCAUUUCUUAAUUCUACAUUUAAUGCCAAAGUCAAAACUCCGAACAAUCUUUGUAAGAAGAAUUCAUCAGACAAAUGCAUAUCAUUUCCACGACAAAUAAGACCCCAAAUAAUAACCCAAGAACAUUUAUUUCUAAAUCAACGGUUUAAAGGAAUUAUUCAAGUUAAGGAAACUGUUUUAAAUUCGCAUGAUCAGAUUUGUGAGCUUAAAAAACAUUUGUAAAAAAACAAUCAUCUUUAACAGGGAGCAUUUUUUCAUCUGGUGGAAUACAUUUCAUGUCUCUGCCAACUAAACACUUACCAAAAUUAAGUGAAUGUAAUUUACAGUUUGGUAAUUAUGAAGAAGGAGAAACAUUUGUGACACAAAAGGGACUUAAAAGACCCACUACUGCUGUGUUAUUAAGAAAAUUGGGCCAUUCUGCUAUGUCACAAAAUAGUUUUAACCGACCAGUGAUACCCCCCAAGAGACCAGGAUUUAGAGUCUGCUAUUUGUGUGGGAGGGAAUUUGGCUCCAAAUCAAUUGAGAUUCAUGAACCUAAAUGCCUAGAAAAAUGGCACAUUGAAAAUGAAAAAUUGCCCAAGAAUCAAAGGCGACCAGUUCCUCAAAAACCCCAGCCCCAGUCUUCUGAUGGUUCUUAUGACACCGAUAAAAUGAAUGAAGCAGCAUGGCAGAGCUCACAAGCUCAACUUCUGCCUUGUGAAAACUGUGGACGCAGAUUUCUGCCAGAUCGGCUCCCUGUUCAUCAAAAAAGCUGUAAACCCAAACCUCAUAGUAGAGGGCCUUCACAUUCCAAAGCUCUUGAGGCUGUGAACAGUUCUCUACAGUCCCUUCACACUGAUGCCUCCCAGGACAGUUUGCCCAAAACUAUUUCCAACACUUCUGUGAGAACCUCCUCAAAACCUUGCACAUUAGUUUGCUACAUCUGUGGGAGAGAAUUUGGGACAAAAUCUCUUCCUAUCCAUGAGCCAAAAUGUCUUGAAAAAUGGAAGACUGAAAACAGCGCACUACCCAAAGAACUUCGCCGACCAGUCCCUCAGAAACCGCAAGUGGUUAUGAUGGGAGGGGCAUCGAGGGAAGAGCAAAACAAGGCUGCGUUUGAGAGCUUCAAGGCCCAGCUUGUGCCAUGCGCUAACUGUAGUCGCACUUUUUCUCCUGACCGGCUCAUUGUCCACCAGAGGAGCUGUAAAAUAAAAACUUCCAGCCCCAGCAUCAAGACAGUCUCCCUUGGGAAUGGUGUCACCAGUCAGAGUAACCUGGACACUAUCAAGCAACGGAACAGUGGCACGUCCUGUAUUAGUCCGGUUAAUAAGCCAGCAAUAGUGAAGCGCCCAGUGACAGUGGUUUGCUACAUUUGUGGGCGAGAAUUUGGAACCAAAUCAAUCAGUAUCCAUGAACCACAGUGUUUGAAAAAAUGGCACAUGGAAAAUAGCAAGUUGCCAAAACAACUUCAAAGAGCAGAGCCCAGAAAGCCAGAAAUAAGGAUGGUAGAAUCUACAGGCUCCUAUGAUCUGGAGGCACUGAAUGAGGCAGCAUGGCAAAGUGCCAAAGCUCAGCUGGUGCCCUGUGAUAUCUGCGGGCGUACCUUCCUGCCAGACAGACUGACUGUCCACCAACGAUCGUGUAGACCUUCUAAAUAAAAUCUGAGCAUCAGAAAAGUCUGAUGUUAAAUAAUAGUUGCUGAAGCUGUGUCUGGAAAAAAUAUUUUAUUGUGCUUUUGUUUGUUAGUUAUUUUAUUAGUAUGGUGUAAAACUCAAGCUGAACAAAAUAGUAUGGGUUAAUUUAUUCUUCAUUGAUGCAAUCAUUAUAAGAAAGUAGAGAAAUGUUAAUCACACACUGUUUGUAGACAUGUUCAGAAACAUAUUGUACCACUUACAGUAUAUGUGCAAUGGGUUCAUCAAAAGAAAUUGAAUUUUUGCUCAGAAUAAAAGCACUGUGACUCAGAAUGAUCACAAGGGGGAGAACUACACUGUUUAUUAGGAACACAA